AUGUCAAGGUCGGGCCAGCACGGGGAGCCGUCGACAGUGACGGCGGUGGUACGAGGACAGGGGGAGCUGAUCGGGCUGCUGAAGGCGGGCGGGUACGACAUGGACGAGCGGACGGAGGACGGGAGGACAGGGCUGCAUGUAGCGGGGAUGCUGGGGAGGGCGGGGAGCAUGAGGGAGCUGAUAGAGGCAGGAGCAGAGGUAGGAGCGAAGGACGAAGAAGGGAAGACGAUGGUACACUGGGCGGGGGAGUAUGGGCAUGUGGAGGUGCUGAAGACGAGACAUCCGUGGGAGGAGGUACUGAGGGAGAAGGACUUUGACGGCAGGACAUGCGCUCACUGGGCGAGUCUCAGAGGGCACUUGGAGGUAGUGCGGUAUGUUGGGGAGACAUCCGGGGAGGAGGUACUGAGGGAGAAGGACAAUGACGGCUGGACAUGCGCGCACUGGGCGAGUGAGGGAGGGCAGUUGGAGGUAGUGCGGUAUGCUGUAGAGACAUGCGGGGAGGAGGUGCUGAGGGAGAAGGCCAAGCACGGCAGGACAUGCGCGCAUACGGCGAGUCUCAGAGGGCACUUGGAGGUAGUGCGGUAUGUUGUAGAGACAUGCGGGGAGGAUGUGCUGAGGGAGAAGGACAAGUACGGCAAGACAUGCGCGCACUGGGCGAGUCUCGGAGGGCACUUGGAGGUGCUGCGGUAUGUUGUAGAGACAUGCGGGGAGGAUGUGCUGAGGGAGAAGGACAAGCUCCGCUGUCUUGGGCUUUUAUACACGUAA